AUGAGCAACAUCAGAAAGGCCUCACACUCUACUCAUAAGGCUGUAGUACUACCACAUUUGAUCAAGUACGUACCCAAGAAUUAUAGUUCGAAGUCUACGGUUGUCGAACCCAAGAUAUAUGCGUUCGACUUGGAUCAUACUGUAAUAAAGCCCAAGUUUGAAGGCAGAUUCAGCAAGAGCGAAAAUGACUGGAAGUUUAUGACAUUCACUAGCGGACCAGAAAAGAAGUCGGUCGAGACAAUAGAUGUUCUGAGUGACCUUUUAACUGCUAAUAAAGACUCGCAUGUUGUUAUAUUUUCGAACCAGGGCGGGACGGUAACAGUACCACCAAAUUCAAAAAGUUGUACAAAGUUUACAGGAAAAAUAGACCUGAUACUGCGAGCAAUUGCUGAUCGUGGUCUCCAACUGGAGGAAAGAAUUUGGCUCUACGCAUCACCCAAGAAACCUGCUUCUUUGUCCUCUACCAGAAAACAGAAGGGCAGCAACGGUGAAAACAAAGUAAUGAAAAAUAGCCCCUUUUCCAUGCUGAAAGCACCACAACCUAUGGCAAAAAGUCUUAUUUUUGAGUCUAUGCGAAAGCCUAACGGUGGAAUGUUUGAAGAGUUUACUAAAGAUUUUGGUCAAAAAUUCAAACUGGAGUAUUACUGUGGGGACGCAGCAGGACGCUCAACGGAUUUCAGCGACUCAGAUAAGCAAUUUGCUUUGACUAUCGGGGCCGAAUUUUUAACACCAGAAGAGGUCUUCCAUUGA